AUGGAAGAGGGCUUGGAGCCUUCUGUGCUUCAACUGAGCGAGGGGACUCGAGACUUCCUUGCAGGCGGCAUCGGCGGCGCAUUCGGCGUGAUAGCAGGACAGCCGCUCGACACCAUCCGCAUACGGCAGCAGCAGCCGGGUGCCGGCGGCGCCGGGGCGCGGCAGUUUGCCCGUGCCAUCCUAGCAGCCGAAGGGGGCCGCUCCUUUUUCCGCGGCAUGGGCUACCCUCUGUGCACCGCGGCGCUGCAGACUGCGGUGGUGUUCCAGGCGUACGGCAUCGCCGCCCGCCACCUCGCAGGCGGCCAGCCCACCACCGCGCUGUCCCUCCCGCAAGUCUUCUAUGCAGGCUGCUUUGCUGAGGGCCCUGCCGGGGCGCCGGGCUAUGUGGACCCUCUGGCGCUGCUGGCCAGCAUCCUGCGCAGCGAGGGGCCGCGAGGCCUGUACCGCGGCACGGCCAUCACCUGCAUCCGAGACUUCCCCAGCCACGGCGUCUACUUUGCCGUGUAUGAGGCCUGCAGGGAGCUGUUCGAGCCGGGCUCCCGAGCGGGCGGCAGCGACAGCGCCGCGGCUCUCUGGGUGGCGGGCGGCCUGGCUGGCACCCUCAGCUGGCUCAGCGUGUACCCUUUUGACGUCGUCAAGACGCGCAUGCAAGCCGCCGCCGCCUCGCAGUCGGUGUAUGCAGGCAGCCACGCGGCAGAGGGAGCCCAGGCCUUCUUUCGCGGCCUGACCACCACCCUGGGGCGCGCCUUCCUGGUCAACGGUGCCAUCUUCACAGCAUACGAGGUGGCCCACAAGCUGCUGUCCCAGCAAGCGCCAGCCGCAGCUGCGCAGGCAAGGGAGGUGUAG